AUGAGUGGUAUCCUUUUUGGUGGAUUAAAUAUUUGUAUUAAGAUGGUGCUAGAUUCAACAGUGUGCUUGUCGCAUGAAUGUUGUACGGAUCGUGCUCGAUAUCACUAUUUAACAAAUACCAUGAUAGAAUCUCUACGGCGUGACAUUUUUGGUCAAGAAUUAGCCGUACAAACUAUGGGUAACAUCUUCAAACGCUAUCAGAUGAGUCAGAAUAGCUUCAAAAAUAAUAAAAUCUUUCUAUUUCACGGCGAUAUUGGUACUGGUAAAAGUUACGCUGCAUCGCUUUUAGCCCAUCAUUUAUUUCCACUAGGUAUUCAUAGUAGACUGGUUAUGAAUUUCGAUCUAGUAAACAUACUAGACGAUAAAAAUAACGACAUAUUUCAAGCCAAUCAAUGGUUAACAAAUCAAAUUCUGAAAUUGAGUCGGCUCUGCUACGCUGGUGUAAUUAUUCUUGAACGAUGGGAUGAAGUUAAUCUUUGUCAGUUUAAUGUAAUCGAUUCAAUUGUUGGAAAUCGAAUAGGCGAUCCCAAUCAAAUGAAAUUUCGGCGUAUGACAUUUAUAUUUAUUUCUACCAUGGGCAGUGCAGAAAUCAACAACGCUACCAUUGCUGCCUAUAGCAACAAUCUACUUCGGGGCGAUUUUCAAGAUCGACAAAUUUAUCAUCAAAUUGCUGCAUUGAUAACAGAUAAAGUUCCACAAUUUGCUAGUAUUGAUAGCUUAAUUAACAUUAUUGUGCCUUUUCUACCCUUGCAAAGAAUUCAUAUCAAGCAGUGCGCAUUACAUGCAAUAUCAACAACUACUGAAGUACUCGUAAAUCAAGAUAGGAAAGCUCAACUAGCUGAACAUAUUGCUAAUUCUGUAUCAUAUCAUACUAUAAGUAAAUUCCAGUUUGCAAAAUGGGGAUGUAAAAGAGUUUAUGAUAUCUUGAAUGCUGCAUUAUCGGUAGAGUAG